CGAGCUGGGCUGACUGGGUCUGGGGUUUGUGUGGGAGGAAUCAGAUGAUUGGGCAGGUAAACGGGAUUCCGACGUAAAGGGUUUAAAAGUGCGCAGCUCGGGUCGGAACCACAGAAGAAGAAGAAGAAGAAGCAGCACCAGCCUCCCGGUGACCCAGCCCAGCCGAACAUGACUCUUCGGAUGAAUCUCUGCUGAGACAAAAACGGACCGGAAACAUGGCUUCGUUUCUGCAGAUCUCUGAUGAUGAGAAGGGACACGACCUGGAUCUCUUCUGUAUUCCCAGACAUUAUGAGAGCGAUUUGGACAAAGUGAUCAUCCCGCAUGGCCUCAUCAUGGACAGGACGGAGCGUCUGGCCCGUGACAUAAUCCGGGACAUGGGAGGACACCACAUCGUGGCUCUGUGUGUGCUAAAAGGGGGCUACAAGUUCUUCGCAGACCUCCUGGACUACAUUAAAGUGCUCAACCACAACAGCGAUAAAUCCGUCCCGUUGACGGUGGAUUUCAUUAGAGCAAAGAGCUACUGUAACGAUAAGUCGACAAACAGCGUCAAAGUCAUAGGUGGGGAUGAAUUAUCCAACCUCGCGGGCAAGAAUGUUUUAAUUGUCGAGGAUAUCGUGGAGACGGGGAGGACGAUGCAGACGUUGCUCUCUCUGCUGAGUGAAUGCAAUCCCAAGAUGGUUAAAGUUGUGAGCCUUUUAGUGAAGAGGACCCCGAGGAGUUCAGGGUACAGACCGGACUACAUUGGCUUCGAGGUUCCAGAUGCCUUUCUGGUGGGCUAUGCUUUGGACUACAACGAGUACUUCAGAGAUCUCAGUCACAUCUGUAUACUGAAUGAAGAAGCCAAGGAGAAGUACAAAAUGUGAGCGUUCAAAGCGUCGCAGAGGGGAUGUCUGACUCACUGAAGACUUGGACCACUGUGACCAACCACCUUUUUUUAGUUUUWGUUUUUCUUUCUGCGUUUGCAACCUUAUUUAUUUUUUCUAAAUGAGAAUCCACAAAAAGCAACUUGUGGGUUGUAACAAACGUCAAGAAGAACAUUUAUUUUCCUCGAUGAAUAAGUGGGAAUAAUCAUGUAAAUGAGGAAUAUUUUUGGUUAAAUUUUAAAAGUUUAUUUAAAUUGUGUUUAGCUGUAAAUUAAUUUUUUGACCAUGGGGAAGAAUGUUUUAAAAGUCUCAUGUCUCAAAACUUUAUACUCUCCUUCAAUUUAGUUUUGGAUUCCUCUGAUAUCAUAAAUUUAAUUCUAAGAAACUUGAAAAGUUAAUACUUCACGUUUUCUUUAUGAACCUGUUUACAGCAAUAUAAAUCCACCUUAAACCUUGAAUUUUGUGUUUUUUUUUAUUGCAUUUAUUUAGUUUUCCCUAAAGAAGGUGUCUUAACAUAAUGUGAUGAUAUGACCCUGCUAAAUCAGGCUCACCACAAAAAUAUAUUUUUAAAAUGAU